AUGAACAUUUCUGAGGACCGCGCUGUUGAUGAAUAUUUGCUUGGCCUUCUUAAACAAGGCAAUUCGUUGUAUGCAAAAACCGAAGACGACACAGUGGCAGGCCUUUGUGUAAACUUUGCUGUAAGCCCAGUGGACCCACAAAACUUGCGAAAUUACGCCUUUUAUAGACAAAUAAAAAUGUUAGCAGUAUUACCAGAAUAUCGACGACAGGGUUUGAGUAUUAUGCUAGCUGAGAAAUCAAAAGAGCUAGCUCAAGAUCAAGGAUACCAGUUGAUACGAAUGGACUGCAUUAACCCUUAUGACUAUAAAAUAGCUGAACGCUGUAUGCUAUCUUGUAUAGUGAGAUAUCCUCUUCACAAGCUGCGCGGUAUAAAUGCUCCAUUCAUCAAACGCAGUUCGGAAUACAAUAAAUACAUGCGUGUAUAUAUCGGAAACGUACAGAAAGACGCGACUGAAGUUAAUUUUAAACACACCCAAGUUGAUUUAGAGAGCAUGAUUGAA